GGGUGUUCACCGCUCUGCCAUCGUCAUAUAUAAAUACAGUAGUGCCGGCAGCUCACUAACAACAGCGGAGUAGUUACUGUCAGCGUCUGUCCACUUCACACACAGCCUGUUCAGGAUGCCCGGAUCAGCUCCAAUCAGUUGUUUGGGACCAUGGCCCAAAGACGUGGGUAUCAUUGCCAUGGAACUGUACUUCCCGGCCCAGUAUGUGGACCAGGCCGAGCUGGAGCAGUUUGACGGCGUGGCAGCUGGUAAAUACACGGUGGGCCUGGGCCAAGCUCGCAUGGGCUUCUGCUCUGACCGCGAGGACAUCAACUCUCUGUGCCUGACUGUGGUCCAGAGGCUGAUGGAGAGAAAUGGCCUGUCCUACGACAGCGUGGGUCGACUGGAGGUCGGCACUGAGACCAUCAUUGACAAGUCCAAGUCUGUCAAAACCGUCAUCAUGCAGCUGUUUGAGGACUCGGGCAAUACAGAUGUGGAGGGCAUUGACACCACAAAUGCCUGCUAUGGUGGAACAGCUGCACUCUUCAAUGCUGUCAACUGGGUGGAGUCCAGCUCAUGGGAUGGACGUUAUGCUUUGGUGGUAGCAGGGGAUAUUGCUGUCUACGCCACAGGAAGUGCCAGGCCUACAGGGGGGGCUGGUGCAGUGGCCAUGCUGAUUGGACCAAAUGCUCCUCUGGCCUUUGAACGAGGUCUGCGAGGGACCCACAUGCAGCAUGCAUAUGACUUCUACAAGCCAGACCUGGUGUCAGAGUACCCUGUGGUGGACGGGAAGCUGUCGAUAGAGUGCUACCUGAGUGCCUUGGACCGCUGCUACUCUGUGUAUCGCAACAAGAUCCACGCUCAGUGGCAGAGAGACGGAUCAGAGAAGCUCUUCAGCCUGGAGGACUUUGGUUACCUGGUCUUUCACUCUCCAUACUGUAAACUGGUGCAGAAGUCGUUGGCCAGACUGAUGCUGAACGACUUCCUGAGCCACCCCAGCCCCAACACCGAGACGGGACCCUUCACAGGCCUCGAUGCCUUCAGAGACAUACGGCCUGAGGAGACCUACUUUGACCGGGAUGUGGAGAAGGCCUUCAUGAAGGCCAGUGCAGAUCUGUUUGAGAGGAAGACCAAACCCUCCCUGCUGAUCUCCAACCAGAACGGGAACAUGUACACCCCCUCAGUCUACGGCUGCCUGGCUUCACUCAUCGCACAACACACACCCUCACAGAUAGCAGGACAGAGGAUCGGGGUUUUCUCCUACGGUUCAGGAUUUGCUGCGACGCUGUACUCUGUCAGAGUGACACAGGACCACACACCUGGAUCUGGUCUGGACAAACUGGUGUCCAGCCUCAGUGACCUGAAGGUCCGACUGGACUCCAGGACGAAGGUUUCACCUGCCGUCUUCUCUGAGAACAUGAAGCUGAGGGAGGAGACUCACCACCUAGCCAGCUAUGUCCCCCGAGGCUCAGUGGACGAGCUGUUCCCAGGGACCUGGUACCUGACGCGAGUGGACGACAAACACCGCAGGGAAUACGCCCGCAGACCUCUGAGCCAUAACCUGCCGGCAGAACCAGAACUUGUUCGCACCAGCACGGCCACUGAGCACAUCCCCAGUCCAGCCAAGAAGAUGCCUCGCAUCCCUGCAGCCAGCUCCAGCCCCGAGGCCACCGUCAGCAACUGAGAGCACUUAGCUAACCUCUGAGAGGUAUCAGACAGCACUAGAGGUCAGAGGUCACCUCGAAAAUCAUUGUAUGUUAAACUAAAUUAGGUCGGAUCAGUGAGUCAUGCCUGUGGACAGAUGCUUCUGUCCUGCCUGUACCCUUCCCAUGAUGCCCUGCUGUCCAGUCUGUCUCCAUCACCACAGUUUGUUUUAACCUUUAUUUAAAGUUUACUUUUUUACAUGUUCUCCCUUUGCAUUAGUGUAUAAUGGACAGAUGUUUAUCUGGGAGGGGCACAGGCAGAUGUUUGGGAGCAGACUUCCUGCUGGCAGCUGGCAGCCAGAGACAGGAAGAGGAAAUGACCAUAAUUAGUGUGGCCUCAGGCCUUCUGCUGAUUAAAGAACAAAGGGAAGUGGGCCUCAACCGUGUUUAUGUAUCAGAGUGCUGGUGCUGCUGCUGCCACUGCUGCCACGGCAACCCAGCGAGAGACAGAGCUCACACCCCCACCCUGCUGUUUGUGUUCAAUACCUCAGUUUUCUAUAAGGAGAUCAGUUCCUACAGGACUACAGACCCCAGGAGCAGCUGAUGCUCCACCUGUAGCCAAGCUGACAUAGUCACAGUCUGCUCCAUAGGAACAUGUUAACACUGAAGCUGCUCUGAGUUACUCUGAUGUUGGUUUCUCUGUUUUUAAGAAAAGUCUAAACCCACUGAGGAAGACGCUGCUGCUCCUCAUCAGUUCUGACUGUUUGUGAUAGCAGUGUGAGGAGAUGAGACCUCACCUGGUUAUUGAUGAAUUAAUUGUCAGUGUUUAAGAGUGAAUCCAUCAUGUGAUCAAACAUCCUCUGGUUUCAGCUUCUCAGCAGCUGCUCAGUUAAACUGAUGGUGAACUGAAUCUGUGUGGACCGGUGAUGUCAGGGUCUGCGUCAGGAUCAGAAAGUGUAGAUAUUAACAGGAUAUUUGAAUGUUGAUUAUGAUGAUUAGUUGAUUAUAGAAGAUUAUAUUAAUUAUUGGUUGCUGCCAAAUUUUUUCCAAACCACAACAAAUGUGUUUUCUUCUUCACUGCCACACAUACAGUAACAGUUCAUCACCAUGGAGACAGUGAACCAACAUCAGUGGGUUUAGAUUUUUCUGUGUCUCAUCUUAAAAGGUUCAACAUGCAUCAAUUCAGUAUUGACAGCCAAGCUCUGAGGAUGAUGAGGAUGUUUGGACUUGACUCACAUGUUUAAGUGACCUGAUGUCACAUGACAUCCUCUACUGAGGUGAGGGGCUGCUCAUCAUCACAAUCACAAACUGGAAACAGGCGUGAAUAUGACCUGUGUCGUCUGUGUGUUUACUUCCUGUAUGAACUGACAGAUGUCAGUUCCUCACUUGUCCCAUGAUGCAGCACUGCUGCAGGUUUUACUCCACACGUGGUGGAGAGCUGAGGUACCAGAGAAUCCAGAUCAUCGGCGGCUCUGCUUCCUUCAGCCUGUGAAGCAGCAGCAGUCACUGUUGACUGUGCAGAGUCGGUCAGAGCAGGUUCGUAUACUACAUCAGACUGUUGCUUCAGGACUUCAGUGAUGGUUCCAGUCUGACUCUGGUCUCUGUUCAUCUCACCAAACAGCCACAGCUUCACAGCUGUGGCUGUGAUCCAGUGUUUUGGCUCCUCAUCACAGUCCAUCACAUUCAUACUGAAGCCUUAAAGUCAAAGGGCUUAGCUCCAGGUUCAGGUCCUAUCAUCACACUAGUUCUUGUUUUUCUCAGUGUGGUUGUUCUUCCUGUUUUAACACUGACACUGGUUUGACUGUGGCUCCAGUCAGCAACAUAAACAGGCAGAAAACAACAGCCUUAGAUAACUGUUGGUGUUCUCCUGGUCCUGGUUGGAUCAGCUGGUAGCCGGGCUCACUGGAGUCUGGACUAUUGACGUCCAGGUGACCACGUUGAGAAGCCUUACAACAAACAUGUAUGACCUGUAAACAGAAUCAUGUACAGAUGUUUUUAAAUGUACAGUCAGACCUGGUUCCUCUGAGGUCAGACCCUGCUCUCACACACACACACGUAAAGAGUGUGUGUGUGUGUGGGGGGGGACCCGUCUCAGAGUCACAUGAUCUUUACCUGUGUUGAUGGUAAUGUACAAACUGUAAGAUUAUUUAUGCUGUAUAGAUAUCUCAUCUGAUGACACUUUGUGUAAAUGUGUAGAUUCAGAAUAAAUGAACUUC